UACUGGUUGACGUUGACAGUCUUGGAGGCUUGGACACUUCCUGAUGCUGGUACCCGGGUCUAGCUAGGCUAGCUAAAAUAUAUUAAUUUCAGGGUUUAGGGAAACCUUUGAAACACAGCGCGGCCAAGUCGUCUGAUUCAGUGGUGGGAGCAGAAGAGGUCGGACGGCACCAUGAACGGCCAGCUGGACCUAAGCGGGAAGCUGAUCAUUAAAGCCCAGUUGGGCGAUGACAUCAGACGCAUCCCAAUCCACAACGAAGACAUUACUUACGACGAGCUAGUGCUGAUGAUGCAACGUGUCUUCAGGGGAAAGCUGCAGAGUAACGACGAGGUUACCAUCAAAUACAAGGAUGAAGAUGAUGACCUCAUCACCAUUUUUGACAGCUCCGACCUCUCCUUCGCCAUCCAGUGCAGUAGAAUACUCAAACUGACUUUGUUUGUGAACGGUCAGCCGCGGCCUUUGGAGUCUAGUCAAGUGAAGUAUCUGCGCAGGGAGCUCAUUGAGCUCAGGAAUAAAGUCAACAACCUCCUGGACAGCCUGGAGCCCCCAACCGAGCCGGGCCUGGCUUCUACAGCACCGGACAGUGAUUCAGUGGACGGACGUGAAGGCAAACUGAUGGCAGCAGAGCAGGCUGUGAAACACGCCACUCCAGUCAGCGCGGCCAGCAUGUCGGCCUUCGACCCCUUAAAAAACCAGGACGAGGUCAGCAAGAAUGUCAUCUCCGCUUUUGGACUGAGUGAGGACCAUGCCCAAGCUCCCCCAGCGUCGCUGUCACUAGAGGAGCGUUCAGGAACACCUGACAGCAUCAACUCCUCCUCUGCAGCUCCUCAGCCGGUGGCGCCUCCCCAACCACAGGCUCCCUAUCCUGGAGUGCAGCAGGGCCCCCCAGCUGCCUUGGAUGGUGAGUCACAACCACACACAGCGACUGCCCCAUGAAAUCCAAUAUCCCUGUAGGGGAAACUUCUGAAGCAAUAGGAGUCAGGACUCAGAGAGAC